GUCACCAUGCCUCGUGGUCAGAAGAGUAAGCGCCGUGCCCGUGAGAAACGCCAGCAGGCCCGAGGGCAAAGCCAGGCUGCCCAGGGUGCUCAGGCCACUGCAAUGGAGGAGGAAGGACCCUCUUCUUCCUCCUCUGUUUUGGAGGACACCCCCCAGAGGUCUUCUGUUGAGGGUGUUUUGCAAGAGUCUAAGGAAGCCACUGCUCCUGCUUCAAAUGCUUUGUCCAAAAUAUCUGAUGUGGAUGCCAAGGGCCAAGAUCAGAAAAGCCCCAGCCUUGCCCAGGAUCUAUGUUCCACUGAGAAGCCCAAGAGAGAUCUGUCCAGAAAGAUACGCAUGUUACUUCUGUUCUUGGUAGACAAGUAUAACAUGAAAGAGCCUCUUAUGAAGGCCGAUAUGCUGAAGGUUGUCAACAAAAAGUUCCAGAAGCACUUCCCUGAGAUCCUGAGCGAAGUCGCGGAGCGCAUGAAGUUGUUCUUUGGCCUUGAAUUAAGGGAAGCUAAGUCCAGAUGUAACGCCUAUGAGCUCAUCAAGACAGGAGAUGUCACCAAACGAAGCAGUUUGAAUGGAGGCCUGCAGUUGCCUAUGACAAGUCUGCUGAUUACUGUCUUGGGUGUGAUCUUCGUGAACGGUAACCGAGCCUCUGAAGAAUCCAUCUGGAAGUUCCUGAAUAUGCUGGGAAUCUAUGCUGGGAGGAUGCACAAUAUUUUUGGAGAGCCCAGGAAGCUGCUGGUGUGUGAUUUUGUGCUGGCGAGAUACCUGCAGUACCAGCAGGUGCGAAAGAGUCGUCCUCCACGCUAUGAAUUCCUGUGGGGUCCAAGGGCAUGUGCUGAAACCACCAAGAUGAAAGUUCUGGAGUUUUGGGCCAUGCUGAAAGGUGUGAAUCCCUGGGAUUUCCCUGGUCCCUAUGAAGAGGCUUUGAGAGAUGAGCAAAUGAGAGCCCGACGGCUAGUUGCAUCCAUAUUCGGUUCUACUGCUUACACCACUAAGAGUUCAGGCCCAAGUCUAGUGGCUUCACCAGAAUCUAGUGAAGUGGGAGAAGAUUCUUCACAGUAGUUGACAGGGCUUCCAAGUAGUACAUUCAGAAGUAGCUUAGAGGAAACACAAUAUAUUAUUUUCUGUUGUGUACUAGUAACUUGUAGUUUGUUCUCUCUCAAAUGUUGUGCCUUUUGAUCUAAAUUUUAUUUUGCUUCUGAAUGUAAGGUCAUGAAUCGUGUUUUUGUUGUAUAUCAGAUAUAAGAGUUAGCAUUGCCAGCUACAAUGACUUGAAAAACUUCAACAUUCUGUUUAUGUUUUAAGAGUAGGUAGAUUGGCAUUGAGAAUAACACCAGAUUACGGUAUUUAGGAUCACCGGUGAAAGGAAAAAAUGAUAAUUAUAGAAGUUUUUUGGGUGCCUUAUGCUUUGUAAUCUUACUUGUUUUGUAAAAUUAAAGUUAUAUACACACACACAACUUGAUUUGAUUAAAAUAUUUAGAGGUUGUUUUGUGUUUUAGUUGGAGCACUGCAUAUUCUCUGAAAUCUAAUUGAUAAGAAAUAAAGAAAAUUUUAAAUUGU